AUGGAUGCCCCCCAUCCACCGGCGACUGGCGGAUGGUGUGUGCCUUUCCCGGGCGCCGACAGAUCCGUGGUGUAUCACACGCAGCGCCACCUACUGGCCUCCACGGGGAAGCGGCCCGUGCAAGUCAAGACCUACGUGCGCCUCGAGUCUAUCAUGGCCGCCAUCGGGCUCGUCUUCGGCGCUGUCAUGCUCUUCAUCAUGACCAGAAUUGGCUUCAUGCGAGAUUGGCUGCUGAAGUAUCCGUCGCAGUUCUCCCUGGGUUUCAUCACCCGCGAUGGUCCCAGCGAGGAGGUGAUGAACAACUCCUCCUUCGAAGUAGUGCUGCUGGGGGAGGGAUGGGCCGAAGGCGCUGAUCUCAAAACCAAGCCAAAUAAGAGGCUCGCUGCCAAGGUGUCGGGUGUCAACCCUGGCUACGGCGCCACGGUGGUAGCCCUGCUGUACUCCGCUAUCACGCUGCUUCGGCAACGGGACAGGAUGCCAGCGCAAAGCGGUGUGGUGACGACAGGAGUCGCGUUCAGGAACACGGACAUCAUAGAGCGGCUACACGAUAACCAUCUGCAUUUUGAAAUUAUUGACGACGAGAACUUGCAUUAACGACCUUCAAUAUUGAUGGCGUGGGUUGAAUACUGCUUAGUCAGGUUUUUAUUCAACCAAUAGUAACGUUUUACUUUAGAUAAUUUAUUCGUCUAGAUAGAUUGUGACAGCUGUGAAAACGUCGAAAUAAAAAGCGGCGUACUAUUUACGUCUAUUAUCAGCAACGUACGCACACUAAAACAAAGUGACACACACACACAUAGCUAGAGGUUCUAUCUAGACGUAUUCAUUAUCUAAGCAUUUUACAAUCAUAUAACAAAGAUUAUUGAAACUUUUAUUUAUACAUCUCCUCAACUUUUUUCGUCUAUCUAUCGCAUGCCGCUUGACAACCGGCCACGGAGUAAUAUCACAAAUUGAAUCAUUAAUUUCAACUACUGCUAUCAACUCAGGCGGGCCGAGUGGUCUAAGGCGCCAGUUGUAAGAUCUUAUUCCCGUGAGGAGUGUAAGUUCGGAUCCCCCACCUGGUUUGUUAUUACAAUGUUUUUUCAUUUUAUGAAUAAAUAAAGCAUAAUAUAAUAUUUAAAA